GAGAGAAAGAUGAAGUAAAGCUUUUACUCUUCGGGAACUUCAUAUCAAGUCCUUCACCUCUAUCACUUCUGGAGGAGAACAUGACUGGAUCCUGGAGAGUAUUUCUGCUCUGUAGUCUCCUGCAAGGGCUCCCUGAUGCACCUCGUUUGACCACCCCCAAGGAGCCGGUGGUGGAGGGGACUCCUGUGGAGCUGGGGUGCUCUGCCCCGUCCUACUGUGACACCCACCCCCCCACUGUGACGUGGACCCCCGCCCUGGGGCUCAGCACCCAGCUCCAGCAGAACGAUACCGUGACCUCCACUCUGACCUUCAACGCCUCCCACCUCCACCAUGGAAACAAUGUCUCCUGCACUGCGGCCUACUACAUACCAUCUGGGAACAAAACUGUGACGUCUACGAGAUACCAACUCAGUAUCUCAUAUGCCCCCAGGAACACCUCUGCUGUCGGCAGCCCGUGUCUUCCAGCCAGAGAGGGAGGCUGCCUCAACCUGACCUGCACCAGUCAUGCUAACCCUGCUGUCAGCGCGGUCUCAUGGUACCGAAUACACGGAGAACACAUCCUUAAGAUCGGGAGUGGAUCUUCUCUGUCCAUCCAGCUGGGGACCGCCAAUAACGUUUUCUUCUGUGAGGUCCGGAAUGACUUUGGCACAGAAAAGUCUAAUGUCUACAAGAUCGACAUUCUAACUCCUCCCAGGAUCCUGCCCUCUUCAGGCUGCAGCAGAAUUGCAGCCUGGGUGCGAUGUUCCUGCUACAGCGUGGGCAGACCAUCACCGUCUCUGGAGUGGCGGUUGGAUGGGAAACUGGUGUUGGGUUCUGAAGACGUGUCUGUUAGCCAGGUCAACCUGGAGAACGCCACGUUGAGGAGCUCCCUCACAAUGAGGGCCCCUGCUGGUCUGACAGCCUUGACCUGCCACAGCUCCAACGCUGCGGGGAACACCAGCCAGGAGCUUCCUGUCCCCCACCUGGAUACACAGCCAACCCUGACAGACCAACUGCCCUGGAUAGCUGCUACUGCAGUGCUAGCCGCGUGUCUGCUGUUUGCAACAGUGUGUGCCUUAAGAGCUUGGAAGAUGGCCAACCAAACAAGACUUGGCAGUGAUGCUCUAAUCAACAAAGCUCCACCCAACCAAGGGAACUCCCAGGUGUUCUUCAAAAGUGGGGAGGACAUCUAUGCUAACAUUGAUACACUGAUGAACACAGUCGGACCGAGAGAGGAGCCUGUUGGAGCAGCAGGUUCCUCAGCCUUGACCAAACAUGAUUCAGAGGAAGCAGCAGACCCAGCAGCAGACAGGCAGGUGGCGGACUGUGAUGUCCUGUACACAACAGUGAACUGGAAGGAUAAAAAAAAUAAAAUAAAGGAGAUCGGGCUAGAGGGAUGAGUUAAGGGCUACAUCGAUGGGUAAAGGCUA